UUCAUUCAGUAGCGACAUAGUAGCGAGAAGGCGGAAUAUUCCCAUUCUGCGGUGUCUAUGGGAAUGAGGCCACGUCUGUAACGCCGCCAAAUCGUAUCUUUUAUUUUACAUUUUUUUUAUCCCCCUCAAUACCUUAGCUUUUAUAGCCAUUCUUCAAAAACAGUCACGUUAUUCAAUCACAAACUGCGUUUUGUUCUGAUUCCUCCCGGAGACUGACAAUAGGAAUGAGUAUAGAAAUCCCCGAAGGACUGACGGAGCUGUUGCAGAGCUUUACAGUUGAAGUGCUGAGGAAGCAGCCGAGGGAUCUGCUGGAGUUCGCGCUGCAGUAUUUCACUAAUCUGAAGGAAAGUCAGAGCGCCGGCGCCGCCUUCGGCAACGAGCAGAACCCGGCCGCUAGGCAUGGAAAGGCUGUCAACUUUAUCGAGGAAGCCAUGCAGAUCGACUCGGAAAACGGGGAGGAUGAGGACGACGACGACGAAGAAUUCGUAGCUCCAGUGAUCAACAGAUUUAACAGAAGAGCUUCAGUGUGUGCAGAAGCCUUCAAUCCCGACGAUGAUGAGGAAGACAAAGAGCCAAGGAUUACCUAUCCCAAAACAGACGAGCAGAGGCAGCGACUACAAGAGGCAUGCAGGGAUAUUCUUUUAUUCAAAAACCUGGACCCGGAGCAGAUGUCUCAGGUCCUGGACGCCAUGUUCGAGAAGCCUGUGGAGAUAGGAGAGCACGUCAUUGAGCAAGACGACGAUGGCGAUAACUUCUAUGUCAUUGAAAGAGGGAUGUUUGACAUCUACGUUAAGACUGAUGGUUCUGAGAGGUUGGUGGGCUCAUACAACAGCCGUGGGAGUUUUGGGGAGCUGGCGUUGAUGUACAACACCCCCAGGGCCGCCACCAUCAUUGCCACCUCAGCAGGAGCCCUCUGGUGCUUGGACCGACUAACGUUUCGGAGAAUAAUCGUGAAGAACAACGCCAAGAAGCGGAGAAUGUACGAAGCCUUUAUUGAGACACUUCCGUUGCUCAAGUCACUUGAACCCUCGGAGAGAAUGAAAGUCGUAGAUGUACUGUCUUCUAAAGUUUACAGCGAUGGAGAGCAAAUUAUUGCACAGGGUGACAUGGCCGAUUGCUUUUACAUUGUAGAAUCUGGGCAGGUUAGGAUCACCAUGAGAAGAAGCCGGUCGAAGAAGGACCUGGAGAACGGAGAGGUGGAAAUUGCCAUGUGCUCAAGAGGACAGUACUUUGGGGAACUGGCACUGGUCACAAACAAGCCAAGGGCAGCUUCAGCUUAUGCUGUGGGAAGCGUCAAGUGCUUAGUUAUGGACGUCCAAGCCUUUGAAAGGCUUCUGGGUCCUUGUAUGAACAUCAUGAAGCGGAACAUCGCCAACUACGAGGAACAGCUGGCGGCCCUCUUCGGGAGCCAGUCUGACGUCGAGGAUCGGGAGGCGUGAGGGAUCUGCGGGAGCGAACGUUUGUGCCCCCUGGGGGGAGAAGCUGAGCAGGCUCCCCAGUGCCAUCAGCUUGUUCUCGUGCCGGCCGUUCCCGUAACUCCUGUUCAUUUGUAUGCUUUCAGAAAUGUGAAACAUUAUGUAAAUGGUAGCGAUGUAGGUCUUUUGAAAAAAAAAAACACAUUAAUAUACUGCCACAUUUCAUGUGGGGAGGCUUUAAAAAAGUUAUCUUGGGGAAAUGGUAGAGUUAUUAUUUUACUGGUUUCAUGCCCAUUUUUGACUUUCUUAAUUUCCCUGCUGUUGUUUUCAUGAAUUUUCACGUGUGACUUUGUUAGUCUUUGGAUAAAUGCAGUCUGUUUAAAUCCUCCUCUGAUAACACUAAUCGCAUAAAGACCACGUUUUAGCAAGGCUACCUGCGGUAUCGUCCUGCUAUUUCUUCUCCAUUUCAUUUCUCAUCUUGCUGACUAUCCUGACAGGGCUAUGACCUCUCAUGCCAGUGUGCUGACGCGUCCUGAUAUUGCGACUGCCGCAGUUUUGCACAGAUUUUAGGCCAAGACCUGUGAGGUGGACAGGUUCAUGACGAGCUUGAGGUGACGUGUCUCCACACAUUCUGGUGACUGCGGAGGUGAAUCUCUGUUAUCUCUCAGCGUAAAGCUUUACAGUCUUUGACAUAAAAAAAAAAAAAACGUCACAGAGGAUAAUUCCAA